AUGGCGUCUGGUUUCGGUGUGAAUGGAGGUCCAUCGCGCUGCUUCUCAUUCUGGCAAGACUUUCGCAAGUGUUACGUGUCGUCGGAGUCGCCAGCAGAAUGCUCGCUUCUAAGAGACGACUACCUAGAAUGCUUGCAUCACACAAAAGAGCUUGAGCGUGCAAACAAGAUCCAGAACCGCAUGAUCGAGGUUCAGCACCAAGAGUCCAAGCGCGCUCGCGAUAUUGCCAAGGCGGGCGGAGACAAUGCGCUGCGUCUCGGCUUCAUUGAUGUGAACGAGAGUCCCAAAGACACGCCGCAGGAAUCCCAAGUCUGA